AUGGCCGGGCCGCGGGCCGUGCGGGAGGAGGCGGAGGCAGGGGCGCUGGCGGCGCGGCUGCUGCGGCUGGAGACGCGGCUGGAGCGGGCGGAGCGGCAGCUCGGGGCCGCGCUGGCCCUGCGCGGCCGCCUCAGGGCGCUGGAGCGGCGGGUGGAGCGCGGCGGCGGGGCCCCGCGUGCGGCGGCCGGGCGCGGCGGCCGGGGGGCGGCGCGGCCCCGGGCGCGGCGGGGGCCCGGCGGCCGGGAGGAGGACGUGUGGGUGCAGUUCAGCGAGCGCGAGUGGCGGGCGCUGCGGGGCUGGCAGCGGGCCCUGCACCGGGCCGUCGCCAGGAACAGCUGCCACCUGCAGCUCGGCCCCGGGAAGGGCCCGGCGCGGCCGCGACGUCGAGGCGAGGGGUGGGAAGCUCACCUCCCGCCCCCCGCAGAGCCGAAGCCGCCCAGGCGCCAUGCGCGGAGCCGGCGCGAGGACGGGGAGCUGCCGUGUGCUCGGCGCUGCGGGGACGGGACGCGGGAGCCUGCGGGGACCGGCACCGAAGACACCAUCAUCCUUAUUAAGGAAGAAGAGGAGUUGUGCACUGAGGAUCAGCAGGAGGAGGAGGCUGGAGAAGCCCAAGAACAGCCCUGCCCUGAGCAAGAGUUUUGUGAGCCUGAGGCUUCAAGUCAGAGCGAGGAAGGGCAGGAGGCGUGUGCCAGGGAGCUGCCAGGCACAGGGGGCUCUGACCCCCCCGGAGACCCUGAUGCAGGGUUUCAGACUUGUGCAGCCCAUGUUUUCUCAUGGAUUAAAGAAGAGGAGGAGUCACACUGCCCUGAACAACGAGGCUUGGAGAAAGAAGCAGCCCCUUCAGACCCAGGUACAGUGCACGAUGGGAACCCAGAGAGGCACCCUCGGUCUGACAGCUUGGUGUGUGACUUGGAGCUGCCCACAAGACCUGGAUUGUUUGCUAAGGAUCCUGCCCCUGCAGUGACCUGGGACACUGGCUGGAACUCAGGCACGAUGGAAACAAACCCCACAGGGAAUGGCCUUGGGGGGGACGCUCCCUACGCCCCAGGCUUUGCUGAACACGCCGAGUUCUUCAACACUCAGGACAGCACUGGGAGGAGCAUGUGCAAAGAAGAGAGAAGCUACAGCCAGCAGGAACAUCUGCAGCCUCCUCAGGGAGCUGGAGUGGAGGAGAGCUGUUCCAGGAGCCUGGAGGAAAAGGUGUUGCAUCUGCCACACUCACAGUUGGGCACCCUGGCUGAAAGGGACGUGGGACAAGGAGCUGCCCUUGCCCCCUGCCAGGGGGAGCAAAACCCCAUGGGCAGAACCAGCCUCGGCCACAACGGCCUCAGUGGAGAGGAGCCGGUGGCUGCCCAGAGCCAGAGCUUCCCCGUGGCAAAGCCUUGCUGGGCUCCCCCAGCAGAUAGGCCAAGGGGCAGGGGCAGCACGAGCCAGCCCCAGGACCAGGGCAGGGGCAAGUCCUACAUCUGCAGUGACUGCGGCAAGAGCUUCGUUUGCCACUCGUGGCUGGUCAGGCACCGCACGAGUCACUCGGUGGAGAGGCCCUACAAGUGCUCCCAGUGUGACAAGAGCUACAGGAGGAAGGAUUAUCUGCUCAACCACCAGCGCCAGCACUCGGGACAGAGGCUCUUCCAGUGCCCCCUCUGCAGGAAAAGGUUUGUGCUCAAGAGGAGUCUGUUGAAGCAUCAGAAAAGUCACACGCAAGAAACACACGUGGCGUUGGGCAGUUGGCCCUGCACAGAGACCAGGGGGGCUGUGAUACACUCUGUGUAGGAAACCCCCUCCAGCUGUCCCCUUGCAGGCUGGACCCAGGGCCUUGACCAGAAUGUGGUGGGAGGAGGAGGAAGAGGUUAUCUAACAGCCACCCAGAGCCCUUCCCAGGCAAAAGGAGGAGGCUGGGGAGGGGGUUGUUUUCCACAGGGCAGAUUGGAAUGGUCUGCAGAGCUGUUGCACAUCUUUCACUGGUGCCUGGAGCUGUUGGGAACAUGGUGCAGCUGUUGUGUUUGGUGCUGGGAGUUGCUAACAGCUGUGAAUCCACACGGCAGAGAAAUCAUGGGGCAGUUUGUAAGGCUUCAGGUGGGAGGGUAACUGAAAUGUUAUCUGCUGGAGUCAGGGGCUGGGCUGAAAGGAGUUGCAGUCAGUAGUCCACUAAAGAGGUGAAACAGUGUGAGGCCACAGCCACUGGUGUGAAAUGCUUUGAGAGAGGAAGUGUUGAUUGACUCUGUUUGAAAGGAGCCUCUGGAGGAAGCGGCGACUGGCCGGGCAGAGCCCGAGAAGCAGCUUGUUCCCAGUGAGAUCCCCACGCUCCUGGGGCUGAACCCUGAGAGGCUUCCUGAAGGCUGAGGGUCCUCACCUGGCAUUGUGUGAUCACCAAGGAGCCUGGGUUGCAUUUUGCAUAGUCUUAAAGAGGUGUUGCAUUUCCUUUAUCACGUCCUUCUGUGUUCCUUGCAUUUGCCAGACCCUAUGGGAGCAGAACAUUCACAUGCACCUUAACCAUUCCCCCUCAGAAAACUGGCUCUGUGCUCACAGUCAGUGUCCCUGGCUGACAGUCCAAGUGGUGGGAGACUGACAGGGCAAAAUUCAUUCUGUUUAGUAAUAAAAAACUCC